AAGCACUUUAGUCCCGGACCAAAUGUUUGUGAAACUUUGCCGCACUUGUCAUCCAUAAACUAUAUUCUUGCCAAAGUAAAAUGCUAUUUUGUCUCCUCGAGAAUCCGAUACCGUAAUCACCCGACCUGGUGUAGGACAAACUUUACUCCGUGUUGUUGUAUACGCGUCGCCCAUGUUUUGGCAGCGCCAUCGUUCGACGUUGGGCAAGGCGGUCAGCGCUCAAGCUACUACUUGGAUUAG